AUGGCUCCUCCGCCGGAUUAUGAUAGGGAACCGAAAGCUCCUGAUAAAAGUGCCACAAUAAUCACAAACGAAGAUACAAAAUUUUACAGUAGUUUAAAUGACCAACAAUUAAAAUCGGAUCACAAAACUUCUAAUACGGCUGCCAACAGUGAAGGCGAGAAAAGCAAAGGGGAGGAUAGCGUAGAGAAUCUUGAUGACGGACGACUGAGGGCGUUGCUGGACGAGGCUAUCACAUAUAAAUGUCCCAAGGAUAGGGAAGGAAAAAGCGAUCUAUUCAAGAAUCUCCUGGAGGAGGCGGAGCUGGACGACCAAGCUUCCGAGGCGGUUGCACGCGCUUCUAGCGGGGGUGGUCGUGUUAGGAGGGGAGCGGGGCGUCGUCCCCCGCUUGCACACUCGAACUCGUUACAAGACUUGGUCGCAGCCGCGCUCGCUGCCGAGCCAGCUCCACGCCGACCGCGUCCACACGCGCCUGUAUCGGCAAGAGCCACGCACGGCGGCAGUCUUCCGUCCGGCGUAGAUACAUCGUUCCUGCUAGGCGAGGAACCUACGCGCGCUGGUUACUUGGCGACAGUGCGGUGCGUCAACCCGCCUCCAUUCGCCGAACGACGCGUAUCCGCCUCGGACGCCAACUGUCCGGCGGAAAUCGAACUGUUACACAGGAGUAAGCCGGUGUUCCCGGUGACGUACACGGCGCGCGCUACUCUCGAAAUAGGCAGCGGCAGCGUGAGCUCGGGCCGCGCGGUCACCACCACCACCGCCUCCAACCAGGCCGAUUCUGCUAUACCGUUUAGUUGCAUCACAACACCGGAGGUUGUGUCCAGUUGCAACACAACAUCCUCCACGUCCCAGUCUGCUGUGGCUGUGGAUCCUAAGCCUCGUAGUGUGAUCUCAAGCAGCUUCAACGGGCUGUCCCUCUCGCGGCCUAACUAUGGUUCGACGGCGUCCACCGCGCCCGACGAGUACAAGAAAUCUCUAGAUGAAAAUGGCAAUGCAGUACAAGGAUUCAGUUCACCGAUCUCGGGAUCUAGUCAACACAAGAAGCCAAGAAGGAAAAAGUCUUCCAAGAACGAAACCGUGAUCAAGUCUCACCAGAUCGACGGCUACCAAGGUAAUAAGGACAUCAACGAGGUUCUGCGUUUCAUCGAGUCAAACGCGGAGCACGGGCGUGGUGCCAAACUCGGCCGCACCAAGCACAAGGAUGACUCCGACGACAAGGGCGGGAAAAAACGAUCCACCGAACGUCGCAAGGACAAGGAGAACAAGAUGAAGCGGGCGUCCUCGCUCGAAGAGCUCUCGCGCACCAAACUGGAAGAUCUCACGGACACGCGCGAACCGCAGCAUCGCCAAGACCGCAAGCCCCGGCCCGACAACAAAGCCGAGCGCCGCUCCUGGGGCGACGACGCCCGCGACUCCUUCUACUACACCGAGCGCGCCCCGCCCGCGGCCGGUCACGACCACGAACCCACCUCCGUCGACGUCGCGCCCGAGCCCGCCACCGAGCUCACCGACUUCCAGACCGUCACCAAGCGGCGGAAGCCACGACGCCGCGCCGACGAGCCGGAACGGGAGCCGCCCCGCCGGCCGCGCCCGCCUAGCCCGCGGCCCCGCCGCGAGUCCGCUCCGCCCUCGGACCGCAGCAACGACUCCAACGACGAUCUCGACUCGGUCCACUCGCUCCCGCCGCCGCCUCCGCCCCCGCCGCCGCCAGCUCCGCACGCUUCCUACGCCGACAUCGCCCGCACCCGUCACAACAUUCCUGACCUUAUCGAAUCGUGCAACUUCUACGCGGAAGAAGGCGAAAACCCGGGCGUGCGCCGCACGGCCGACGCGCCCGCCGCCGCCGCCGCCGGCGACGCCGACGGGUACCCGGCGCUGGGCGGCACGGUGCGGCCGGCGCGGGGCAAGGUCCCGCCGCGCCGCGAGCGGAAGGAGCGGCCGGCGACGACGACGGUGGCCGAGUGCCCCGCCCCCGACGUUGUGGGCGACCGGCGGCCCGCCGUCAUACUACUCGAUUCUGCGGCGCAGCCGCGCGACAUGGACGGCGUCACGUUCGGCUUCGACAUUAACGAACAGCUGCUGGGGUCGGGCGCGCGCCGGCCCCGCUGUGACCUGGUGCGCGACGCGCUGGACGCGGGCAGCGCGGCGGGUGUGGCGGGCGCGGCGGUCGCGGCGGGCGGGGGCGGCGCGGUCGCGGUGGUGGCGGGCUGUACGCCGCUGCGGUACGUGCCGCCCGACCCGCCGCCCGACACACACCACCUGCACCAGAUCAUAGAAUACGUCUGCACCGCAUGGGAGGACGUGGUUCGGUGCGGCGGCGGUAAGGUGCGCUACUUCAGUGAGUAGAUGUGAUCUCGCGAGUGACGUUCGGUGUACAUAUGUGACUAUAAUGGCGCAAGUGCGUUUAUUGUGCGUGAUGGUAUUCAGUGAAAGUUUAAAGACCCUAGCGGGGCGAGUGAAUUGUUCGUGCACUUGCGACAAAAAUUUUUAUCUCGUGCGACGCGAGAAGCAGGCGGGCCGCGCCCACCUCGCAGUUCGAGAUACACGAUCUAACUUAGUUUUUUUCGCUGUGAUUAAAAGUAAUUUUGUUUUCGCUUUACGAAUAGGUGACGAACGAACUACCUAAGCAUUUAAUGAGUAAAUCUGCGCUGAAAACUUGAAAAAGGAAAAUAAUAAAAAAAUCGUUAUUUAGUCAUUGUGAAGUAAAAUUUGUUUUUGUGGCCUGACACGAAUACGUGCAGAGUAAAAGUUUGUUGGUAUUUCGGUUUACCUAAAAUAUCUUUUGUUUAUUGCCCGUACCGAAUAUUGCUUGUACGAUGCCGCGUGACAGUGCUAGUGCGCUUGCGUGUCAGGCUCGCAUCACGUUUUGUUUCUGAAUCUAAGAAGGCAUGUAAUUAUUUGUUUCUGUUGAUGUUUAUUGUGCUUGAAGUUUGUUAUAUAAUCACAAAUAUUUGGUAAAAUCUUCUCUUACUUAGCUACAUACCUAUUUUGUUAUGUAUUUUUAAGUUUUACCAGUUUGAAUUGUAAAUAUAAAAGAUGUUUAAGGUUUAACUGGCCAUAUGUUUAUAUGGAACAUUGUCAUCUCAUUUCGCCACGUCCUCAUACUUUUACGUGUAAUUUUGAAGUUUGCGUGACUAUAGAUAAUAAUUAAAAAUCUUGAUGUUUGUUACAUGCAAGAAGCAUAUUAAAACAAAACCCCAAAUUUCGGCCAUCAAUUAUAAACAUUACUUUCAAAAAAUUAACAUUUGAAAUCAUUGAACAAAAUUCAAGAGAAUUGUACUAUCUAAUGUGUCGCUGAUAAGAUUAUUUACACAAUUUAAUUAAAUUUUGUCUCUUCGUUUGUUGUACACGCGUUUUUAAACUUGACAUUAAUUUCGUUUCAUUGGUUAAGCGUUAAGCUGUGAAUUGUAUUUUUAAAUAAGAAUAACACGCUUUCUGUGAGUUAAAAAUUACAUUUUAGGAAAUAAAUAUAUGUAUAAAUAAAAUUAAUUUUGCUUAUAACAAGAAAUAUAUGUGUAAAAAAAUACUCUCCAUGUGUAAUGAGAACUUGACCAAAUGGGGUGGAAUGUUUGAAGCUAAAAAACUGAAUACCUAAUUCUAAUGUUAAUUAAGUGUUUUGUGUAAACAAUUUAUUUGUUGAAAACAGAAAAAUGUUUUCAAAGAGUGAAUUGUUAUACAUGUUAAAUAUAUGCUCUUCUGAAAGGGCCAUGAGGUUAAAGAACGCGUGACAUACUUAUAGUUAUCACGUGUCGUCUAAAGCUACUAUAACUUCGCGCGAGCCGCAUUUACGUAACUUCUUUGUAGUACCAUAUUCUUUGGUACUGUCUAUAAGAUAAAUCAUAGGUGGAGCAUAGGCAGGUUUGUUUGAUGAUAUUGGUUUGAGUCAUAAUGCAUUCAACGUUUGCGGCGUUGUUAGCAAUGAUGCCAGAUUAAAUGAUUUGUGAAAGUUGAAUUCAUAAUUUUACAAUAUUACUAGCUGUUUUUCAGCCGCGUAUGAUGUAGCUUUUCUUAGGUAAAGGAAUUUCUAAAAUCUGUCCAGUAAUUUUGGAGUCUUUUAAGUCUGUACUCUUUAUAAUAUUAGCAUAGAUGUUUACAUCAUCUAUGCGUAACUGCAUAUGAAAAAAAAGGAAUAUUAUUAUCUCCAUUUAAUUACAUAGAGUACAUAGAGUGAAAAUAAAACUUGUGUUUUUUUUAAAGCAGCAAAGCAACAAAAUUAAAUUCCAAAAGACCAUAUAUAAUAUCACAGCUACUAUACCGCUAACUGUGUAUUGUUGGGUAAUGUCUUGCAUCUCGUAAAAUGUGUUGAGUAUUGUUGCAGGUUCGUUAAACUGUCAUAGCAAUUGAAACAUUAUACUUAAAAAAAAGCGCAGAUAU